AUGGUCACUGAAUCAGACCUUGAUAAACCCAAUAAUUUAAGUGACAAUGAACAUGAAUUAGAAGUUAUCAUUGAACCACCUCCAGAUGGUGGUAUCUUUGCAUGGUUGCAAGUUGUUGGAUCUUUUAUAUUGAUAUUUUGUACUUGGGGUUUGACAAAUAGUUUUGGUGCUUAUCAAACCUAUUAUGAAACUGGUGAACUAUUUACUGAGACAUCUUCUAACAUCUCCUGGAUUGGGUCUAUUCAAGCUUAUUUGUUAAUGCUUGUUGGCAUUUUAACAGGUCCCCUCUUUGAUCGAGGUUACUUUAGGGCAUUACUCCUUGUAGGUUCUUUUUUCAUUAUUUUUGGGAUAAUGAUGAACAGCCUUUCAACUCAGUACUACCAAGUUAUGUUAUCACAAGGUAUUUGUAUGGGUAUUGGCAUGGGUAUAUUGUGGGUUCCAAGUCUCGGUAUAUGUAUGCAAUAUUUUCAAAAAUAUAGGUCUAUUGUCAUUACCUUAGCUGCUAGUGGUGGUUCGAUUGGUGGCGUUAUUUUCCCCAUAAUUAUUAAGAGAUUGAUACCAAAAAUCGGAUUUGGUUGGACCUGCAGAGCGAUUGGAUUAAUAUGUUUUGUUAUGUUAUUUACCCUGGCAAGUAUUAUGAAACAAAGAACUCUUCCUGAGACUCAUAGGAAAAUUUUAUUGUUAAAUUCUUUUAAGGAACCGGCUUAUCUAUUUUUAACAAUAGGUUUAUUUCUGUCAUUCACUGGUAUUUAUAUUCCGUUUUAUUAUAUUUCAUCAUAUGCAAAUAGAAUUGCUCAUACAAGUGUAAAUCUAAGUUACUAUAUGAUUAGUAUCAUUAAUGCUAGUUUAAGCGGUAGAAUUGUUCCAAAUUAUUAUGCUGAUAGAGUUGGGCCAAUCAAUACUAUGAUAUUUGCUUCUUUAAUUAGUGGGUUGUUGGCUUUGGUGUGGAUUGGGAUCAAGAAUACUCCUGGUUUAAUAGUAUUCUCUGUAUUAUAUGGUAUUUCUAGUGGUACAGUAGUCUCAUUGCCACCUUCUGCUAUAAGUUCGGUGACCGAUGAUAUUACAGAAAUUGGUAGUAGGUUAGGUACAGCUUUUUUUUUUGCAGGGUUUGGUACACUAAUUGGUAACCCUGUUGCAGGUAAAUUGAUAGACGUAGAUAAGCGAGAGUUUUAUAAAGGCCAAUUAUGGAGUGGUGUCAUGAUACUGGGAUCAACCUGCUUCUUAACGCUUGCCCAAUAUUUUAAAAGAAGAACAGAGAGAUAUCAAUUUCAUCUCGAUCCUAGGUCCAGUAUAGCAAAAAAAUUGUAA